UUUUUCACUGACUUCUUGUUGAUUGUUGCAAUUGUAUACGUCUGUUGCCAUGGCAGCCAGCACAGAGACAAUAUGGCGUCCUAACAGCAAUGUUUGUGAUGUUAGGACUUAUACUUGACGCCUGAUUCCUUAUCGUCCAAGACUCCUCUUCAGGGGUCAGUCUUGUCAGAAUGUUGGCCGGAGCUUACUCGAAACGGUUUCGCAAACUACAAGAAUACCAGAUUGAAAAACUGAAGCUCCUGAAUGCUUCCUAUGAGGAUUGUGUUAACCGCAACAAUGAAGAAACGGCCAACAACAUAGGGAAAGCCAGGCGCCUCUCUCAAGAAACAAACAAAAGGAGAAAAGUUCUAGCUCUACGAAGGAAGCAAGAGAGUCAAAGAGAGGAGAAACGACGACAAGAAAUUUUAUUGCACCGGCGAUUAUUGCAGCAACAGGCAACAGAACGGUUUCAGAGGGCACCGCUUCAAAGUCGGAUCAGAAAAGGAGCAAGUUGUCUUAAUACACCCCUGGAGGAAGUGCUCCAGAUCAUACGAGGUGAGACAUCCAACAGUAAGACAACAAGUCAAGCAACUAAACCACUUCGAUCCCACUCAGCAAAACUACCAAAGGAAGUUCAGUUUGGCAAUGCUAUCCUAGCAACGAAACCACCCAUUCACACUCCAUCCCAAUUACAGUAUCUGCUGAAUCCUUCUGAGAGAGCCACUUUGUGCAUCCAGAAGAAAUUGAAAGGAAUGGUCAACAACCGGGACUUGUUUGAGCAGCAACUGCGAAGGCAUCAACAGCAGCCAUUUGAUCAGGGGACAUCCCCUGCAUCAAAAGAAGAACUAAGCGACUCUGAUCAAAGUAUUUCUAGCAGUGAGACUUACAGGAAGAAAUGCAAGCUACCAUCAAGUGCAUCGAACCAAAACACUUCUAUAGCCAUCAGUGACCAUAUUACCAAAUAUAAGAUGCCUUUGGUUGGUAAUGGCAACAAAAUGAUUGAUGAUCAGCAUUCUUUAAAUGGUAACCAUAGAACUUGUGACGCCAACUCAGAAUGCAAUGGUUAUAGUGACUAUCCUUCGUGCUGCAACAAUAGUACCACCAAACAGGAGCUACCACCAAAUUCAGAGCCUUCAACAAAAUGGCCAAACCACAAAGCUGCUCAGUUAAUGUCUCUCUUAGGACCUAAAACAGUCGCUCACUCUGCUGCAAAUGUGAAACCUAUCACAGCAUGGUCCAGUCCUGGAAAUCAUCUAAAGAACGACAAGAAAAUAAACGGUACCAUGGAAAACUGUGAUCAGUUUGAAAAUUAUUGUCAAAUGGAAAAUACUUGUAUUAGAGACACCAAGUGGCCCCAAAAUUCUACAGCUGACCCAAACAAUAUGCCAUUAAGUGGUGGAAGAACUUGGACAGUUUCAAAACAUAAUAUUUAUGAAAGACAGCUUUCGAAUUUUUCAAAUACUUCCUCUAACAUUUCUCAUAGUUCUUCUAAACUAAAUGGGCCUGCUUCAGAAAACCAACAUCCAGACACUCAAUCAGAUGUUGCUCUUCAAACUGGUUGUAAUUCUAUAAUUCAUAAAACUACAGAGAAUUCCAAAAGUAACAUAGCAUCUACCUGUAAGAAUACUGUGACCAAUGCUACUACACUAACCACAGAACAGCUAUCGACCACUAGCUCUCAAUCAACAAGGCAAACUUCAGCCAAUCACCAUGAAGCAAUUAGGCAAAAUUCAGCCAAUAGUUAUCAAGGAACAAGACAGAAUUCAACCACUAAUCAUCAAGAAAUAAAGCAUAAUUUUGUCAACCAUUGUCAUGCACACAAACAGAAUUCAUCACCUAACUGUCAAAGCAGAUGGAAUUCCACGAAUCCUGAAGCAAAACAUGAAGUAGCAGAUCAUGUGACAAUAAACCAGAAAACUAGUAAAACAGGACGAGAAAAUGCUUCAACUGUUGUUGUUUCAAAUCAAAAGAAGUCAAACUCAAGUUGUACAGCAUUAAAAAAAUGGGACAAUGAUGAUAGUGAUGCUGAUGAUGAUGAUGUUGAUGAUGACAGUAAUAACUCUAAUAAUUACAAUCCUAUAAUGCCUUGUUGCUAUGUAACACCAAAAGUUAAAGUGAGAAAGCAGUCAGUUGUGAGAUCAGAGGAAACCCAUCCCGGAUGCAAAGAUGAGAAGAAACACAACUUUCACAGUUACUAUUCCAAUGGAAAGAAUCUUGAGACAAAUGGUAAUGGUUGUGAAGAAGUUCGAGCCGGCACACAGAGUCACUUUACUAAGAAGAAUGGCAAAUCUGUGCGUAGUAUUCUGAAGCAUCAGACUGAUGCCAAUGUCAACCAAUCUGCAAUCCCUUUCCAACUAAAAGACAGCCUGGAAAUUACUCGUUUACAUUACUCAACCAAUCAAAAGGAGAAUACAGACAGAAAUGAGAAACCAUCCAAGAAACACGUUCACUUUGCAAUGGAGAACAUCCUGUGUGAGAAACAGUUGCUGGCUUCAAACAUUAAGGACAAAAUAGCAGGUUUUGCAGUGGACAAACCAUUGGCCACUGGCUUGAAGUGUAGGGCUGACCCCUCCAGUACAUAUCAAGGUGAAAAGAGUGGAAUCGUAAAUGAGAAUCAAGAAAACCAAUAUGGAGGUCGGCCUUCGGCAAAAGCUUUUAUUAUAACACAGUCUGCUGUUGAUAAUGAUGGCCAGCAGACAUCAACGAACACCUGUAACGAGACUAUGACCAGUGGGAAGCCUGCAGAGAAGAAACCUGGUCUACAACACAUCACCAUGGGGAAGCUGAAGAAUAUGUUCAGUUCUCAGAUCCUGCUUGCAGCCAACAGUCCGGCAUUGUCAAACAUUUCAAACCAGAGUGGGAACAAGAAGCCUGCUUCAAACUUGGGUGAGAGGAGAAAACUGACAUCUGCUGGUGAGGUGUCAUCAAAGCCACCCGUAGGUAUCCAUGUAGACAAGACACCCACAGAUGAAGAUAUCAAUUUGGUGUGGCAGAAAGUGAAAUCCUGUUUCAAACAGAAUUCUUUACACCACCAAAGACACCAUCCUCACCAUCCCCAGCAACAACUACAUGUAAAAUACCAGCAGCAGCAACAGCAACAACAACAGUUGCAAUAUAAACAACAGUUAACUGCAAACUCACAGCCCGUUCACUUUAACGGUCGAUUGGUCACCUGCAAAACGCCCGGCUGGAGCAAUAACUUGAGUGUUGUGCAUCAGAAUGGUUUCGACAAUUUCAACUACAUGGAGAAAUCUGACAGCUACCUGAGACGACUUACCUUUCUACAACAGAAAGCCAAACAGCACUCCUAUGCCACUCACAAUAACAACAACAACAACAACAAUAAUAAUUAUAAUAAUGAUAAUAAUGAUAAUAAUAAUAUUAGUGAUAAUGACAGCAGGCAUUGUUAUUAUGAUGGUUCAUUGAGCAAGACAGAGAAGAGUAAUGUAGGAAACAGAGUGAAGCCCGUGCCCAGUGUUCGCACAAAUGUCAGUGAAAGCCUGGCUGCAUUUCUGACGGCAGAAGACUACUCCAAGCUACUCAACGUGACAGACAAGCAAAUGAUGGUUGCAAUGAACCAUGCUGCUGUGGAGCAGCAGGUGUUUAACAGAAGACAGCUGCACCUUAAAGGUCCAACAAUAAUAUCUCUCGAAGAACAACGACUUAUGGAAUCCCUUGAAAGGAUUAACAACAAACUAAAAGCAUCAAGAAUUACAAAAUACCAGUGAAAAUAAACCUCCAGCAUAAUAAUAUCGAUGACAGAAAAAACAAAAGAAAUUAAACUGUGAUAUAUUUAAAAUGAAACAAUUUU